AGGUGCUCGAUGAUAGAACGGCGCGGGGGGCCAAAGCGGUGCUGUCUGGCUUGGGCCAUUCGGUUGGUCCUUGGCGCUUCUUUGUGUAUUGCCGGAAUCUAUUCACCGAGGGCGCGCCCGAUGACUAUCGGCAGGGGGCGCAAAUAGGGGCCGGAGCCGAUUCCGACCGCGGGGCAGUCGGGGGCAGAGCGCGCUGGCCCCGGACUUCAGCCCCUCCUUCACUAAGCGCCUUGAAUUUCCGGCGUUUGCGCUAUUCCGCGAGGAAGCUAGCCCGCCGCGCCGGAAAAUAAAAGGAAGGGGCCGGGGCACGCCGGGCCAGUGCGAGGGGGCCUAGCCCGGGAAGCCCGUCCGCCCUUGGGUGGGGGCCGCCUUUCGUUGCUGCGCCCCAGAUUUAUGGCGCCGCGGCGGCGUCGCGUCCAUCG